AAUUUCAGUAUGUGAUUGAACUAUAGAAGAUGAACGCUCGACUCACGGUGCUAUUAUUCAUAUUUUCACACUUAGAUGAACUCUAUGGAAUUCCCCGAUGGGAUAACGUAAUGUUCAAGACGAAAGUGUUAUUUUACAAAAUGCGAGGAGAACUUCGUACGCCAAUGCCACCUACUGAUUAUUGCCAAAAAGGACUUUGCCCGCCGAAGGUAACCCACAUUGCAUGUGAUAAACCAUUUUGGGGACCCCAAUGCACCAAACCCCGUGAAGGCGUCAACAUGGAAAAGUUCAAAAUGAAAUUAGAGGAUCUUCAUAAUAAUGCCCGGGGAAGAUUGUCAAGCACGAAAUGGAAGAAUUUACCCCUGGCCAAGCCAUUGCCCGAUAUUCAUUGGGAUGACGAGCUCUCGAUUCUGGCGAUGCGAAUCACAAAUUUCUGCAACGAUAAAGUUGCCAGUGAGUGUGUGAAUACGCCACGUUUCUUAAAUGUGGCCAAAUCGAGCUCAACAUCUCGAAGGGCUAGAAGCUAUCCGGAAGGAGUAAUGGUGCAUGAAUUCAGAAAUAAUUGGAGUUACGCAGAAAACAAGUACGAUGAGUCGUUUGUCACGAGUUUCCCAGCAAAUGCAACGCAAAAAGAAAAUGCUUUUGCCAACAUAGUUAAUAAGCGAGUUCAUCGCUUCGGCUGCGGCAUGUUAAUAAAACAAGAUGGCAAUGAAAAGAUACAUUAUUUUACGUGUCUCUAUAAUGAGAAAGCAAAGGCUGGACAAGCGCUGUACGAUUUACAAUAGUGUGAGAAAAUAUUCUAUAUUUCAAAAUCAAAUGGAGAAAAUGUGUAAUACGUGUAUGUAUGUAAAUACAGCUUGACAUUGAUAUGCAUUACUUGCAAUUUAAAUUAUUACAUUCAUGAGUUUCUAUUAUGUAUGUCAUAUGCAAUUAGAAACAAGUAAGAAAUUUACAGUCGAAUGUGCUCGACUGUGAGAUACCCGCUACCCAUUUUAAAUAA